GAUUACGAACAGAAGAAGCAGUUAGGACCUUCAAAUUCAAAACGCUGUGGAACCCACGCACGUCCGAUGCCAUCAAUUUGAUCCGCAACAGUCGUCCCGACCUGGUUGCCGCCGAUGGAGAGGAAAUUGAGCUUGACAUUGACGCUUUGGACGAUCAUACUCUAUACCAACUUUAUCAACUUGUCUGUGUUCCCCUCUUACCACCAGCCAAGCCUAAGAAGCCGAAACUCGCUGCUUCCAACGGAAAACCAAAAGGUGGUCGCAAGGCAGGGCCGGGUGUGACACGCAAGUCUAUGCCGACCCCAAUGCCUUCAUACGCAGCACCAGUCUCGCAAGUCUCGGGUGGUCCACAUGCUGAGCCGGCCUCCAUCAGCCAGUAUCCUAACGCUCAUGUUUCAAAUGGACACGAACAUGGUACCAAGCCGAAAGUCAAGAAACCCCGUGCCAGUAUUCCAGGCCCUCCAAAACGCAAGGGUAUUGACGAAAGUCUGGUCACAGCCAGUAUAAAGGCUCUGACAGAUAAACUUGAUGUUUUUUCUGCUGUCACCGAUCCCCAACCUCAGCAUCCUAAUUACUCUAACGGCGUGUCCUCGGCGAAUCCAGCUCUCGGGCUCAACUCCAGCGCGCCUCCUCCUGCUGGCCCGGUCGAGUACGCAAGCUCUAGCAGCGAAAGUGAUAGCGAGAGUGAUGAUGACAGCGACUGAGACAUACAUGGAUAUGUGAAGAAUUUGCAGCAACCACCUUCCAACUAACACUAGUAUAUGUACCCAUUACUGAACCUAUCAGAUCAAUCAUUGGAGUAGUUGAUCUGAAACCAAAAACAUCAAUUUGCUACUCAUUCUGAAGUCUAAACAAACAAUUAAUGGUUUUUGUCUUGUUUUGUCAUUGAAAAAAAUGUCCCACAUGACGUUCAAGAAAUGACAUGUUAAGAACAUGGCGGUGAAAUCAUGACCCGCUCAUUUGUGAGGGUGUCAAGUAGUAUCAGCGAUACCUUGUUUUGCUUUCCACUGAGUAAGUAACUAUGUUGCUGUCAAUUGCCC